UGUUCCAGUAGUCGGCGUCGCGCUGCAGCUCUGUCCGGAUCACAUCUUUUAAAUACAGAAGAAAAAGAAAAGAGAUUUUUCUGCUUUGCUCCUCAUCAUUUCUUCUCAAGCCUUAAAGCUUGUAUAAUUUUUGAGCGGUGACCGUGCCCAUUUCCAAUGAAAAACCGGUGUUCCAAAUCAGCUGAGCUGAGGCAGAGACGACGGCCAGAUGGGCCGUUAAUGAGGUAGGCAGGCGGCCACGGCCUCUCAACGGCCAUGGAGGACGACUGCAGCAGCGAGAUCGUCACCGAGGAUGUCCCGGAGCGGCGUCACAAGGUGCGGAGUGGUAUGGUGGCGGUUAGCGACGGCAAAAGCCGGCCGCGAGCCAUGCGAUUACACCUGUCGCUGGAGGUGCUGCGGCUGCAGAGCCAAACCGAGGAGGAGCCGGUUGCCUCACCAGGCCGCCGGCACCCCUCGGACCAUUUAAGUCCAGCCACAGGCAUGCCCACCUCCCCGGGCGGGCUGUCUUCCUGCAGUCAGCAACAGGACGACGCCAUCAGGCUGCCACCGCCUGACGCAAGGGAGCGUGUGGUGGGGGUGCAGCGCCAGCGGACCGGAGGCCUGGGUUUGAGCAUCAAGGGCGGCUCGGAACAUAAACUGCCCAUUCUCAUCUCGAGGAUCUUCAGAGAGCAGGCGGCAGACAUGACAGGCAAUCUGUUCGUGGGCGACGCGAUUGUUCGAGUCAACGACCAGGAAAUGUACGGGCGCACGCACGACCAGGCCGUCAACAUCCUGAGAAACGCCGGCGACACGGUCACCAUCACCGUCAAGCAUUACAAAGCAGCUACACCUUUCCUCCAGCACAAUUUUCCCCGAGAAGACAGCAGUCGUUCGCUGAAUUUGGACAACCUGCAGAACGGUGACUGGCGCGCCACUUCCCCCGUGUCCCGCAGGUCAUCCGCCGUGGACAGCACUUCAUCAGGGAGGUGGACAGAUGUUGUUGCUGUGCCGCUGCUUAUGGCGUACGUCACAAGAUACAUCUUCGGCACGGACAAGCUGCGUCCGAACGCGUUCGAGGUGCGAGGCCUGAACGGCACGUCGACGGGCGUGAUUCAGUGCGGCGACGCGGCCAUCCUGUCCCAGUGGCUCAAGUACGUGACUGACAACAUCGUCGGACUGACCAACCUGCAGGUGAAGCUGUUCAACCGCACGCUGCCAGCCUCGGAGCGCGUCGAGUACAUGGGCUGGGUCAACGAGGGCGUGCUCAACAACAACCAACCCUGGCAGUGCUGGCGGCCCAGGUACCUCACGCUCAGGAGCACCGACCUUGUCCUCAGCGACACGCCACCCGUGAGUGUGACCAACUGGGGUGACAACUGCCAGAUAUUCCAAAUCUACCAGAGCAUGUUCCGCGUGAUCAAAGACAGCGAAAACGUGGAUGAGCGACAGCACUGCUUUUUGCUGCAAACGGCCGGACACGAGUCUCGUUACCUUUCUGUCGAAACGCGGCAAGAGCUGCUCAGGAUCGAGGCCGCUUGGCACUGCGCAGUUUGCUCCGCGGUGAUCAAGUUGAAAAACAAGACGUUCAACGUUGUCUGGGGAGGCAAGCCGGCAGUGCUGACGCUCGACUGGAACGUCGGAUUCGUGUUGGCCGACGCAGAAACCGGCGCGGUCAACUGGAAGUACAAGUUUUCUCAGCUCAAAGGCUCGUCAGACGACAACAAAUGCAGGCUCAAAUUGCAUUUCCAGCUCAUGGAGUCCAGAAUCAUAGAAACAAGAGAAAUGGAGUGUCCGACACUGCAGUCACUGCUAUUCUGCAUGCACGCCUUCCUGACGGCCAAAGUGGCCUCCGUGGAUCCCGCCUUCCUCAGCUCGAAAGAACCCUAGCCCGCGGGGGCCGCGGGGGCGCCCGAGGAGCGGCCCCCCGCCCCUGGCACCACUCCGAGGGUCGUGCCGCGGGCCGUCGAGUGGGCCUGCUCGCCGCAGAGCUCCCCUUCGCGCCGCCCGACCUCGCUCGCCCUCCGCAGGACCACAGCCCCCACGCCCCGGUAGUGCCGCCCCCGCCGCCCCUCGACGCCUCCACCGCCGCCGCCGAGAACACUCAGUGCAGUGACCAGCGUGCCCCUCUACUCCGAGUAGCUCACUCUCUCCUUGGCUACUGCUGUCAAAUAUGUUAUUUAGGAAUAAUAAAUUUGCUUUCAUUCGUGGUGCAACACUCGCUCUACGUGUCACGGUCGUACGGCUCGCUUUUCCUUCCGGUCCUGCUGGAAUUCAGGACACAGCAGCCUUUCCAGUGCGUAUGUAUCUCGUUUUUUUACGUUCCAAAAUUGUUUCGAGGUUGUUUAUUAUUUAGGACACAUGGUAUUAUAUUUAGGACCAAAUUUAGGUCUUGUCAAUCCAUGCUCUUUUUUUACACGGUUCGAAAUAAGUUUUUUUUAUUCUUUUUUAUCUGUGAUCCAACUGAUCCAACUAAAUUUUCGGUGCACAAUUUUCCUUAUCAUUUUUUCCAAUAAUGAAGAAAUUUCAUGGGUCGGAGGAUAAAAUUGGCAUGAGGUCAAGCAAACUCAAUGAAACUGACACCGCAGCAACCAAUCUUUAUUAGUAGAUUGCGUCAUAAAAAUAUUUCGUCGAAAUAUGCUUUUUUGCGGGUUUUACGUGAUAAUUUUGAUAAACUUUCAAACCCUUUAAGCUGUUUGAGGGAGGUCGAGACGAGUCUAACGGUGGUUAGUUUUAGCAAUUCUGAUUAGAACCCGAGAUUUGGAGUUAACCAUACUUGCAAAACAAAACAAAAAUCGAAAAAUCCCCUUUUUUUCUGGUUUUAAGUAAGAAUUUCUCGAAAAAAAUAAUGCCACUCAGAAAUUUUCUCACAAGUUUUCAAAUGGCAUAUAGGACAAUAACUUUUUAAAAGUUCCAAGAUGCUAAGCUUAUUUCAAUUUAAAACUAUAUUAACAAAUAAAUAAUGUGACUUUUGACCUUAACCUAGCGCUUCAAAUUUGAUGUUCGUUUGAUUGGGAUUAUUGAGAGGAAUACAUAUUGCAAAACUUAUUUUCAAAAUUGCACAACGGGGAGGCGAGAUAUUAAAGUUUAAAAUUUUACCAAAAUUGUCCCGUAAAGCCCGCGAAAAUGCAUAUUUUGUCGAAAAAAAUCUUGUGACACAAACUCCUAGAAAAGAUUGAUUUCUAGUGUAUUUCUAUUAUCCAAUUUCUGAUUCAGAGAAUAACAUUCAACUGAAAUGUAACUGCAGAUAAUUUGGGCAUAAUUUUUCCAGUUAUCUUUAUAAACCCUGAAAUGUUUUUGUGAAAACUGACAAAAUAAAAAGCAGUUUUUGAGAGUGGGCUUCGAAAUCCCCCUUUCUCUUUCCUCCACUGACGUAAUUUGAACUAUGCAUUACAGUAUAAUUGUGUAAUGACAUCAAAUAACAAUACUAGAAAUUUCACAUAGGUUUAAUAUGUAACUAAAAUGUUAACGUACGUGUUGAAAAUUUAUGCGCACAAUUUUUUAACUUAUAAAAAAGAAACUUGCUUGCGCAGUGUUUGUAAUUUAAUUUUAGCGUUCCUCUUUAUGCACCGGUUGCAAAACGCUGGAAACGCAAAAAGGAUCAGUAUAUUACACUGCUGCUGCACAAUUUAAAAUUCAAAUCUACUCUUUCUCAGCAUUAUGAUCGAGAUGAUAUAUAGCACAAAAGGCCUUUUCUCUCUCGCUGCUUCUUACAAUAGUGAUUUCAUGUGCACCUUGAUAUAUAUUUGCUUGAAAUGUGAUGAUACUGCUGCGACUUUCAACUAAGAUGCGGGAAACUGUGUGGGGCACGUUCUCCUGCUUUAUUAUUUGCAUGCAAAUCUGAUGAUGUAUUGAUUUCGACGCACUUCUCUGUAAUAAUAUAUUGCGUGCUGUUGUGAGAAUGACUCACGAGGCUCCUCUUGUGAAACGAAUAAUAUUGCAAGCAAUAGUGCAAUUGGGACUGAGUUCUUCAAACAAUUAAAGAUAUUUAUAUAUAAACAAAGAUAAUGACUAAAUGAUGAAAUAUAUUUUGAUUUUUAGAAGCGUUUGUGUCUGCAAUUAAACACUAAUCGAAUUAAUUACAUGAUUGUGCUCAAAAGUGCAUUUGUUAACCUGACCAGCACUUGUAAAUUUUUUUCUCUCGAGUUUUGAGACCAACCGUUCCUGUAAAAAAGUGUAAAUAAACAUUUCUUAAAGUAAAUCUUAAACAAUUAAUAAUAAUAAUAAAAAUAAUGUUAACAGGUUCUCGUGUCAGAGAAAUUUUCCUUUCUGGUCCUGUAAAUAUAUUUGCUGUUACUCCCGAAAUAAUGUGUACAUAUAAAUACAUAAAAUGCAAUCGAAAAUAUAUAUACGACUCUGUGUUACGACGCCAGUUUAUAAUAUAGUGCUACCUGAUGUUAAUCCUGAUUAUUUAAAAUAAUAUAUUUCAAUAAACAAACAGUUAUUUCAACUCAA